CCUCUCCCAUUCUUAUGCUAUAAAAGCCAGCCAAGUUGCUGUGUCAUUAUCUCACUUGAGCAUUUAAUAAACAAACAGGGAAAGAUAGAGAAGCAGAAGAAAUGGUGUCUAGGCUGCAAAGAAGAGUUGCAUUGCGCAGAAAGCUUCACAUUCUAAGAACACUCACCUGCUCCAAAUCUGUGAAAAGAAGCUCUAUCAUUGCAGAUGCUGUUGUCUACAUUUACAAGCUCACACUCAAGCUGGAGGCAAUCAAAAGAGAACUUUCUAACUUGGAUGCAAUCAAAAGAGAAUACUUGAGCCUGGUGAAGCAGGUCCAAUACUUACCCAAGGUGAAUGUUGAGAAAGUUGGGAAAGGAUUUCUGAUAAAGGUGAUUCACCAGAAGGGAGGACAUAAUCUGGUUCCAAUACUAGAGGUGUUUGAAGAGAUGGGUUUAAUUGUGUUGCAUGCUAGAGUGUCAUGCAACUUCUUCUUUUCCAUGGAAGUCAUUGUUGUAGCUGAAGAAGAACAUGAUCUGGAUGUGAAAAAUGUUAGUGAAGCUGUUCUUCAGGCUAUGGAAAGGCAUGUAGAAAGAGCAAACAGAAGCAUAUAAAGGUUCCUGUUGUUUUAAUUUUAAGGCAUUGUUCUGUUGUAGAAGCAUAUCCCUUGUUGUCAUUUUCUUCUAAGAAGGAAAUAUAUUUUCCAUUUGUUCCUUUUA